AUGAGAGGCAUUCAAAAGCUGGCAUACGAGAUGUUCCGAAAGAAACUUGUCUCAAUAGACGAGUUCUCCCACGCAUAUGUUCCGACCGAAGAAUUCAAUUCGGAUGGUGGCAUAAAGUGCAAGGAGAAUAAUAUAGAUGAAGCCAUCCUAGCAGAACUAUGGGAAUACUCAGGAAUUGUACUUUGGAAGAUGAAAUUUCAUCAAGCGGAAUGCUUAGAGAGAAUUCAAGAUUCAAUAUCGGAUAAUCCUGGAUGA